AUGGGCGCCUAUCUCUAUGGGCGCGUAUCUCUAGGGGCGCCUAUCUCUAUGGGCGCCUAUCUCUAUGGGCGCCUAUCUCUAUGGGCGCCUAUCUCCAUGGGUGCCUAUCUCUAUGGGCGCCUAUCUCUAUGGGCGCCUAUCUCUAUGGGCGCCUAUCGCUAUGGGCGCCUGUCUCUAGGGGGGCGCCUAUCUCUAGGGGCGCUUAUCUCUAUGGGCGCCUAUCUCUAUGGGUGCCUAUCUCUAUGGGCGCCUAUCUCUAUGGGCGCCUAUCUCUAUGGGCGCCUAUCUCUAUGGGCGCCUAUCUCUAUGCGCCUAUCUCUAGUGGCGCCUAUCUCUAGGGGCGCCUAUCUCUAUGGGCGCCUAUCUCUAAGGGCGCCUAUCUCUAUGGGCGCCUAUCUCUAUGGGUGCCUAUCUCUAUGGGCGCCUAUCUCUAUGGCCGCCUAUCUCUAUGGGCGCCUAUCUCUAUGGGCGCCUAUCUCUAUGGGCGCCUAUCUCUAUGGGCGCCUAUCUCUAUGGGCGCCUGUCUCUAGGGGUGCCUAUCUCUAUGGGCGCCUAUCUCUAUGGGCGCCCAUAGAGAUAGGCGCCCCUAGAGAUAGGCUCACCUAG